AAUGUUUCCUUUAACUUUUCUACAGAUCCAAUAAUUCCCGCAAAUGUUUGGAACCACUUUGUUGGAACUUACGACGUACACUCUGGUCUCGCUAAGAUUUUCGUUAAUGGUCAACUGAAGGCAGAGGGUGCUGGGAAUGGUCUUUUGUCUCAAGACUGGGAUGCGCAUGCGGGAAUAGGGAAACACAAGGAUGAAAGAUUUCUCCAGGGGGAGGUGGACGAGUUCAGGAUUUACAACAAAGCUCUGUCACAGGGGGAAAUUCAGAAUCUUACGAAAGCUUGCAGUUUUGAAAGAGAAUGCGGUGGUUUCUUCUUCAGUCCAACUGGUAUUUUCGAAUCUCCAGAAUGGCCCAAAAGCUACAAAGGCAAAACGUCUUGUACGUGGCAUGUUACCGUGGAUCCGAGCGAGAAAAUCGCACUUAGUUUUAAAAGCUUUAGUUUAGAUGAGGACGGAACCUGCGGUAAGGCCAAACUUGUGGUCAGAGACGGAAGCAAUGAAAAUGCUAACGCUCUUGGAGUUUACUGCGGAGUAAAGCGGCCGCCCGAAGUAACAUCAAGUGGGAAUCAGCUAUGGGUACAGUUUACCAGCACCGAAGGAGCAGAAGGAAAAGGCUUCCUGAUGUCUUACGAUACAGCAACAUCUCGUCAAACCAAGAAAACUGAAAGACCGCCCGCUCCUAUUGAUGACUCGCAGAGAUGUGCCGUCACCAGGCCCGAAUAUAACGUUACACUAGUCGGUGGCAUUAAAUCCGGGAUCUUCUCUGAAGCUAAGCACGUGCACGACAUGGAUUUGUGCACGCGACACUGCUGUCUGAGAAAGUCAUGCGACCUGGCCUUCAUGAUCCGGGACUCUUGCUAUCUGGUUCAAUGCCACAAUGCGGUGUUUUGUAAGACGAAGAAGGCACGGCCGUCGAAUAUGAAUCCCAGGAUAACUUUCGUAUCUCACUUACAAACGCUAACACCCGAGCCAGAACUUUCGGCCGACGGAAGCGCUUACAGCAAGGCCUUGACUCCUAGUUUGUCAAAACCUACAACACCGCCUGCACAGCCGCAACCACUGUGUCACCACACGGAAGUCAGCUACAACGUGACACUGGUCGGCGGAAUAAACGCGGGAAAAUUUAGCACGUACGGUCGAACCCGCACCAUGGGCGAGUGCAUACGUCACUGUUGCCGUGACUACAAGUGUGACGUGUCGUUCAUGAUUCAGGGCAAUUGUUAUGCAGUUGAGUGUUUGGAUACUGAGGGGUGUCAGGUCAAGAGAGCAAAACCUUCCUCAUAUAACCCUACUGUGGCGUACGUGUAUCGCGGCAAUCAGAGACCCGUAGGAGAUCCUUUACCAGGCGCUAAGAAACCAAGCCUGGACGCAUGCGACAAGUAUAGCGUUAGCAACACCAUAUACAACGUGACACUGCGCGGGGGCAUCAAAUCAGGGAACUUCACCGACAAGGGCGUGGUCAAACACAUGGACGAAUGUUCAGCAUUCUGCUGCGCAGACGAGAAAUGCAACGUGGCUUUCCUCAUACGGGACAAUUGCUUCCUGGUUUCGUGCAAAGACUAUAGUUCUUGCCAAGUCAAGCCAGCCUUGUCUGAGUAUUAUCACCCGAGGCUGGCCUAUGUUAACUGGAGUCCGCCUGAUGACGAAAUUCCAGCAAACAGGUGGUACGCGUCUCUUGGUUGCUGGAAAGACACGGAUUCAUUUGCCGUUGAUUCGUUAGAGGGCUCAGAUCCCCUGCUAACUGAGCCGUACGCCAUGCGGCAGAAGCCCAUUGAUACAUGCGCUCAAGUGGCAAAGAGGCAUGACUUCAAAGUGUUUGCUAUCCAGAAUGGUGGAGCAUGCCUAAGUGGACCCACGGCAGGGCGCAGGUUCAACCAGUUUGGCGAGUCAUCAUCUUGUAAGGCAGGAAAAGGAAGCUUGUUCGCUAAUGAUGUCUACCGACUGACGGAUUCUGGUUCUUACAUUUCCAUUGGUUGUUGGAAUGACUCUGGAGUCCACGCCCUCCCGGUACUCGAGCACUCUGAUGCGCAACUGGAUGAUUUUUACAAGUCUCGCUCAGAUCCACUGCGCAAGUGCGGAGAGGUGGCGCGAAAACGAGGCUAUACUGUGUUUGCUCUUCAGCGAGGAGGAAUGUGCUUCGGCGGGCCCCGAGCGGAAAUUGAUUACCGGAAGUAUGGGAUGUCCAGGAGAUGUCGCGAUGGUCUGGGGGGACCUUAUGCUAACAGUGUUUAUAGGUUGCUAGAUAACUUAGACCUGGAAUUUGGGCCAACAGAAAGUACCCGAAAUUUAACCUCGCCGACUGGUACCACAGGGACCUCAACCUUCAGCACGGGUACCGCUGCAAGCUCUUCCAGCACAGCAUCAACCGACUUUACGCCAACCACGCUUACCGGAACCCAGCGAUCGCCGGGAACAUCACCCUCGCCGACACCGGCCAUCCACGAAAACUACCUUACCCUUCAGGACGGCUUGCCGCACAAGAACACGUACGCGGCCGGAGAGAUUCUGUUUAAUGUCACGCUUAAGUACGGCAUCAAGGCGGGAAAGUUUAACGACAAAGGGAAAGUAGGAAACAUGUCGGAGUGUGUGAGAGCCUGUGGUAGAAUGGAAAGCUGCAGUCUCGCGUUCAUGCUCGGGAAGCAAUGCUUCGCUGUGUCUUGUUAUAACGACGCCCUCUGCCUGACGAAGCCUGCGUAUUCACCCUUUUAUAAACCAAAGAUCGCGUUUGUAAAACACACAAAGGUUGUCGUGACUGCAAACAAAACCAAACCAUCGUCGGAAUUCGGCGAAUGUCGCACAAGCCCAGUUCAUAAUGACGUCACUUUGGUGGGAGGUAUAAACGCGGGAAAAUUCACCGAUCUUGGGGACGCUGACAACAUCAGUAUUUGCACUCAGCGGUGCUGCAUGAAGGACGCAUGCGAUGUAGCGUUCAUGCUCGAGGGGGAAUGCUAUGGUGUUAGCUGCGUGAACGAGUCGUUGUGUGAGACGCGUCCUGCGAGGAAUCCCGCGAGGUACAACCCGAAAAUUGCUUAUGUGUAUCACGACAAGAAGAAAGAUAAAGCUUCCACGCAACAGAAAAGUGUGUGUUGGGACGGAGAAAUUCUUCACAAUUACACUCUAGUGGGGGGAAUUAACGCGGGAACAUUCACCGACAACGGAAAGACCAGCAACAUGGACAUUUGCAUGCAGUUUUGCUGCAAGCGGCAAGCUUGUGACCUGGCGUUUAUGAUCGAGGAUGACUGCUAUUCAGUGGCUUGUAACAGCAACGGAGCUUGUGAGCCCAGAAAAGCGAGGCCGACUCAUUAUUUUCCUCGCAUUGCUAUAAGGAAAAGACCUCAGGGAGAUUAUCACGUCAAAGUACCCACGGACUUGUCUUCAACACCCGCGACAUCAUCACCAUUAACAUCGCCAUCAUCAUCACCGACUCCGUCGCCGUCGUCAUCCUCGUCCCUGACGCCUGCUACAUCUCCCUCGCCGCCCACUUCUCCCCCCAUUCUGGAAGCACACGAAGAUGCCUCGUUGAAUUCACCUGUCAAAGUGACCCACUCGUGCGAUGCCACGCCCAUAGAGUACAACGUCACACUGAAAAUGGGUCUGCACUCUGGAGUGUUUCAAAAGAUCGGUAGAGUGGAUGCCAUGGACGACUGUAUAGAAAUGAGCUGCAAGCAACCCAACAGUGAUGUGGCCUUCAUGUUAGGCAGCAUGUGCUAUGCCGUGCAUUGCUACAGUGCGGAUCUGUGCAAGACCGUACCCAUCUUUGGCUCCAGUAUCUCUCGGUUGAACUUAAAUCCUGCAAUUUCGUUCCUGAAGAAGAAGUCUCGGUUUGGUGUGAGUUCUCUCGCUGUAGCAAAUGACUUAAUCACGCCACAGGACAAGUGCCGGGACAGCACCAUCACAUACAACGUGACGUUACGUGGCGGCAUUGAUGCGGGUAAUUUCACGGAAAGGAUUGGAAUACUGUCGAUGCGUGAGUGCAUUGGAAAAUGCUGUGACGACGCUUCAUGUGACCUCGCUUUCAUGUUCGGCGACCACUGUUACUCGGUGCAAUGUCAGAGCGAGAAGUUAUGCCAGGCUGUGCUGGCCAAACCAUCUCACUUGGAGCCAAAGGUGUCCUAUGUGACGAGAGGGUUCAUCGACGAUGAUAGAGACAAGGGGACAAUGUUCUCUGCUAGCGACCAGACGCCGACUUGUCGAGCUGAUCAAAAGUCUCGGUCAAAGAUAGUCAGCAACAAGACUUUAGUUGGAGGAUUAGAGGCAGGAAGGUUCAGUUUUGUCGGAGUUGUAAGUGAUAUGGACAUGUGCAUGGAUCGAUGCUGCGCUCAGCGAGGUUGUAAUGUCGCCUACAUGGUUGACAAGAACUGCUUCUCUGUCGCUUGCUUUUCACCUUCGUUAUGUAAAAUCAGCGAUGUAUCCUCGACGAAUGGCGACGUCGAGAUUUCUACCAUUAUGGAAAGCACCGCUGAAAGACCCGCCGAAAAACAUUCCAUGGUAGUGUAUGUGAUUAUCGGUGUGGUUGGAUUCGCUGCUGGUGCUGGAGGUAUUUUGUGGGCCGUGUGCAUGUUUAUUCGAAGGUAAGCAACAUACAAUGAAAACCCGCGUGUGAGAACCUACAUUUUUUGACGUCUGGGAAAAUAGGUUGUUGCAUUUUGGGGUAGUUAUUGGUAAGUUAGACUAAGUAGGUUCUAAAUCAUUUUUUUUUUUUAUUUAGGUUCUUAAUUUCUAUGAAUGAGAUAUAGCUGUUGAUUACCAGAAAAAUAAAUAAACUUGUGUUCGGUCCUUGAAUAUAGAGUAUUUAUAUUCGCAACUGUAUUAUAUAUUUUCUUGUAAUAUAAAUUUCCCAUCUCAAAGUCACACUCCUUAGUUAAAAUGUUUAUCAUAAAUUACCUGGUAACCCACAUAUAAGAACCUGCUUGAUCUUGCUUCCCCAAACAGAUUCUUACAUUUUUGGGCACAAAAAUGGAAAUUUUUUUCCUGCCAACAGGUAUUUAAACCACUAGGUUUUUACAUGCGGGUUUAUUUGCUGCAAGACAUUCUUACACACUUCGUAGGGUACAUACAGUUUAUUCUGUUUUCAAAUCAGCUUUAUAAAGUCAAACAUUUAAAAAAGACGACACACCGUUUAAAUUUGUAAGACAUGUUUCGGAUACUCAGUAUCCAUCAUCAGUUAAAGGAUGUUUACAAGUGAGUGACUUUAUAUAAAGUAGGUAACAAGUAGGUGUAAAUUACAAAAUGUAGAAUAAUAGUACAAAUCAGUGAAAACGUUGCAUAAUACUUCAGGGAUACAAAAAAGCUGCGAGUACAAAUCUGUGAAAAAUACUGAAUACAAAUAGUAAUUCAAGUAGGAGUGCUAAAUUAACAUGUUUGAGUUGUUUAUUCAACGCGGGUCUUUCCCAUUCAAUAUGAAGGGCUUCUUUGAUCACUUUAUAUAAAGUGAUUUUUUAAUUAACUUUCCCGGCUCAGUCCUUUUACUCCCCUAUCAAAAACCAAGUUAACCCCUUCGAAGAAGAUAGAUACCUUAGGUAAACAAGACAUUAGAGGCUUCUUAUCUGGUAUUGUUGUUGAGUUACUAAUGUAUAAUGUGCAGCUAGCGAUUCGCGUUGAGACGCUUCCUAGACUUGGGCUAUCCGUUGGCAAACGGUGUGAACAUUUGUUAGAGUGAGGCCUCUAACUCCAGAAAAAUACUCUUCAUCGCAAAAUUUGACAGCUUCUUAAGAGGUCGCCCUUAUUUAUGACAAAGCCAUGUCACCAGUUGAGUAAUUUGUUCGGCACUCGUUUAUCACACAUAUUACACAUUGGUCUAGAAAGUGUGCAUCUUCGGAUACCCAGGGACAGUUUUGAAACGGCCGGGAGAAGCACGGCUAAAGAGAGGAAGAAAAUAGCUCUUCUAAUUCUCCCCGACCUUUUUCUGUUUUCUUUUUUGUUUGUUGGUUUGUUUUUGCGUGCUUGUUGUUGUUGUUUUUGUUGUUGUUGUUUUUCUACCGUCGUGUCUUUCCCUUGCUAUCAUAUACUCCCUUAGGGCCAAGGAAAAAAAGUGUGACCCACUUAUCGAUUGUUUAUUCUCGUUUCUGUUUUUCUAGGCAUCGUUUACGAUCAAGACAUAGACAGAAUACGGAGUAGUAUUGAGAAAGAAAACGCAAUGGAGAAGAUGCGACUCUGACGAGGCCUGAAGACAAAUAGGCCGAAAAAUGUCUGAGUGACUUAAUUCGACUGGAGUCUGAAGAUUUUCUCAGUUUCAGUUUACCUUUUUUUAAAUUCUAGUUUUAUUCAGAUUAAGCCUGUGUAGCAGACCUUUGACGCACCCUGAUAGCUGAGUGCUGUAGCAUCAAAGCAUCCAUGUUUCUAACACUGAGAAGUGAUGUUGCUACUUUUUUAAUGAAAGGUGAACCUUGUUUCAACGCUAUUUCUCCGUUUAAGCAGAAGUAGGCCUAGGAACGAAGUGGGUUUAAGUCAUUCGGAAGAGCUAAAAUGUCGACUUUUUCCUAUCAGGCAAAUACUGUAUUGAUGUAGUUAUAUAGUUAUUUAUUUAUUUAUUUUUGUAUUCAUACGUCAAGCAUCAUAAUUAUGGUAGUAUCAUAAGUCACCAUUACAACAAAAUUAAUA